AUGCACAAGAUGUCGGACUCGGCGGAUCAAGGUUUGUUGCUGGGCUGCGAUUCACAGCUCCCUGCCUGCGCCAAUUGCACCAAAGGCGAGUCUGAAUGCACCUUUCGAGACGAAGCCGUACAAGAAGAUAUCCCUCGAAGCUCGAAUGCCUCUGUCACCUCAUCGGACCAACCUUUGCAUGUCUACGCCCCAGGGCCUGGUUCUGACUUGAAUCUUGACCUUUCUUUUCCAUCCCUUAUUACCAUGACCACAUUUGAAACGCUCCAAGUAGCUCAUGACCUUUCUGACUUGGAGAUACCUUCUGAGCUAGAAGUUACUCUCCCAAAUCCCCCGCCGCUAGAGAGAUCUAUUCUCUCUCCCUUCAUAGUGCGUUCGCUUCUCGGACGAUACAGUCGCUACGUGCACUCUCAAUAUCCCAUCUUGGAGCCAGAUACUCUCAGUAAUGAUGGGGCAAAUUUCAAGAAACUAGCCAGCAACCAGAAGGUCAGGAUCCUUAUGGCUUGUGCCAUUGCUGCGGCGCGCGAAGCUUGCCGGGCGCCAAUCUGGAAAGCGUACGCUCAGGUCUGUAGAGACUGGGCGAGUGAACUGAUAUCGCCAACCAUCUCUACGGAAGAUAAAGAUUCCCUGAGCAUAAUACUUCUGCUUGUCGUAUAUGAAUUGGCUGAUCCAAUGAGAGGUCUUAUCUGGGAGCUUCUGGAUCUCGCUACGCGGACUUGCUUGCAGCUGGGCUGGCUCCAUGCUCCUCAGUUCACAGAUCAGUCUUCAUCAAUCCUCAAUGAGGGAUCUCAGAACCAAUUCAAGGCACCGUCAUUAGAUCAACAACGGCUGGUAUCUGUAUUAAGAGACAUUCAUGGGUCUCUACAAUCCAUAUACCACAGACCUAGUAUGAUGGAUGCUCUUAAAUUCACAACGAGUGAUAAAGAAGAUCUAUUUUCCGCUCAUAUCCAACUUUAUGAUCAAAUAUACGGCAGUGGUCGAAUUUACGAAACCCACGGUUGCCCCUGUGUCGGAGAAGCUUCGACUUUGCUUGAGAAAUUAGGGACUUUCCAAGGCAACCAGGAUAUCGUGAACGAAACCAUCCUGCUUUUCCUCCCUGUGUGCGUCCGCCACAAGCAAUGCAUAUUCUGCUUCCAGGAGCCCGAUGGAGAUUUCAACCAAAAGACAAUGGGAGCUCUGCGGCUUAAAGUUGCCAGUGCGGCGUCAAACUUGAUAGCCAGCGUGCACGCACUAUCGAUGGGGACGGAGGGAUUUAUCUCCCCUUUUUUAGGAAGCGCUAGGGCGUUCGUCUCCGGGUGCUGUAUAGCUACGGCGAUUGCGAAACGGUGGAUUGUCGUUGCCGACUUUUACAAAGAUAUCCUCCGGUGCACUGAGAUACUUACACAUUUUGCACCCCACUGGAAAGGCGGAUUCAGGUAUUUGCACAUUUGGCGAAGCAUAUUAAUUCCCUUAGAGCUAUCUUAA